AUGAGCGACGAAAAGCAGGGUGUACACAACCUCAUGAAGACGAGCGACUUCGACGAGGCCAUGGCUGUGAAGGACACCCUCAUGGUCCUCGACUGCUUCGCGACAUGGUGCGGCCCUUGUAAAGUGAUCGCUCCCCAGGUCGUCAAGUUCUCCGAGAAGUACCCCAGCGCGCGCUUCUACAAGCUCGACGUCGACGAACUCUCCGAGGUUGCAGGAAAGCUCGGCAUCCGCGCCAUGCCCACCUUCAUCCUUUUCAAGAACGGCGACAAGGUUGCCGAGGUCGUUGGUGCCAACCCCAAGGCUCUCGAGACCGCUAUCCAGAACAACCUCGAGGCAUAG